CCGGGCUUUGUUUCUGUCGAGGCCUCAUUUGCUGCCCACCGUUGGCGGGAUCUUCUCUCGCUCUUGUGGACUGACUGCUACCAUAGGUCUCACUCAGCGCUCACUUGCACAGUCAUUCAAGCACAAACCCACUAUAAAAUGCCAUUUCUCUUACACCGUUUCGAUGCCUUAUCAAGGAACGGAAAUGGGCAUCUAGAUGCUUGAGAAGAUCAGAGAUUUACACAGAGAUCCAAAACUUGGGAAUCGGCCAGUUGAAAUGCACCUCAGCGAAGAUCCCCUUGACUGGACAGUUGAUGAGGUGGUGCAGUUCCUGUGCCGGAAUCCUCAGACGCCAUGGGCUCGAUCAUCCUCGCGGGCGCCACGACCAAACCCUGUCACCUUUGAAGCUACUCUUCGCGAGCAUGAGAUUACAGGUGAAGUUCUUCUGCAUGAUGUAGAUAAGGAAACCCUCCGGGAAGAUCUAGGCUUGAGGGCUCUUGGCCAUCGUAGCUGUGUGCUCAUGGCAAUACGAUAUCUUCAGCGGAAUUCUCCCAAGUUCCAGGACACCAGAACUCAUCUAGGUGCUCUCCCUGAAGACCUGUACAGCUCUGCCACCCCGGCAUUUUCUCAAUUCAAUUCCCCACUGCAUCACAUUCCUCAGUCUCAAGAUGUGACACCUCAACGGGGAGCUCUCCAAAGUACCCGUCAUCAGACCCCUACUACAUCCAGUGGCCCACUGUUGGUGACUUCUGCGAUGGAGCAAAGACCUAGCCCUGCAGAUGAUAGUGGAUCAAAUAGGCCUGCAAGUCGUCAUGGUGUGACAGAUCAGGAUGAAGGAAACAAGGCUUAUUCGGAACAAAAGUCCCCUGAAAGACGCACCCGCCUGGGUGAGGACAUGGUUAUUGAUGGCCAGGGAAAGAAACGGCGAAAACUGAACCUAAGCUCCUUGAACCAGGACCAGAAAAGUGAGCCUGCCUCAAGACAGACAAGCAGUCCACAAACUGCAAAAGGGUGGUAUAUUGGACCGGAUGAAAUCAAUGUCUCGCAGUUAUUCUACGCUUCUGACUCCGAUGAAAAUGAUCAGACCUUUACUAUGAUUGGCUCCAAAUUCCCAACUGCCCAACGCAGAUUUGUGAACAAGGCUCUUGGUUAUUCCUACCAACAGCGACCUGUGAAGCUGAACUCUAACCAGUCGGCUUUGGUUCCUUAUCGACAGUUCACCAAGCAAACAAGCAAACCGUCAAAGAAGCCAUUAAUAGCAGCUGCAAGCAAUCCAAAGUACUGUACUCUGUUCACAGUCAGCAAUGGCAAUGUCACGGUCACCAAGGACGAGCUGCGUAAGUGGCCGCAGUUAAUCCAAUCUGAGACUGCUGAGAGCGAGAAGACCUCCGAUCCUUAUGCCUACCUCCUACACAGAUACCCCGCACAAGAUGAUGAUGACCCGAAUGCUUACCCUUUGUACGGAGAUUCUGGAUCAGAAGGCGAGUUUGAUGAAGAAACUUGGCAGGAAAUCCAGGACGAACGCCGGGAACCGUUGCCACAACACAAAGCACUCACACCAGCCGAGGUUAACUCUAUCAUAGCAGGUUGCAUUGCAGAGUUUGAGAACAAUUGGCUUCAACAUGGAAAGUCAAAAGAGGAGGCAAAGGCACGGAGAAUCUGGCUAUCGGCUAGGAGAGGUAAGUGCAACAACGAACAAAUCAAAAGCCUUACACGCGACAUCAGUCUUCUGGAGAGGCGCCUGGGGGUUUUUACCAAAGCAAUCCGGGAAGGCGAAUACAGUACACCCAAGGAACUACAGACUCAAUGUCGCAGCUUGGAGAACACCGUGACCAACAUCCAGAAGAAGAAAUGGCGCAUUUCCAUUCUCGAGCAAGAAAAUUGCCCCCCCAAGAUAUCUGCUCUUGCGAGGCCCUUACCUCCCAAGCGACAAAGUACUGACGAGGAUGGAGAGUCUCUCGCCUCGGAAUCUGAUGAUGGCGCAUCUACAGGUUCUAUGGAUGACUUCAUUGAUAACAAUGGCGUGUUCCACGGAAGCCCAGAUCCUUCAUCGUCGUCUGAUGAUGAUAUCAUCAGCCCUUCCGGUGCAAGGCGGAAAUUCAGGAAUCGGAGAGUCAUGGCUCGUGGGCAUCCCUUUCUUGAGUCCAGUUCCCCUUCUCCAGCUCCGGUUCUUGAACCGCCAGUAGAGUGUAUUGACCUCACCCGUGAUUCACCUGUGCCCGAAGACGAAGAAUUCAGAGUGGAGACACCUCCGCUGAAUCCACCGCAACCGAGGACUCCUCAAUCUGAACAUGUCAUGUCUAGAGACAUCUCUCCUGUCCCCGACCUCCCCCCUAGAGUGUAUGUCGAAAUAACACCCAUCAAACGAGAGAAAACUCCAAAGUCCAAUCAGGUGGAACGCUCAAGGACCCAUAAAGAGCGAUCGGCAAGUCUACCUGAGAUCAGUGAUAUUGACAGCUUGAAGGUGGUCUCCUGGAGGCUUGUCGAAGAGCGUCACGAUCGUCGCAGGCUGCUGGCCAAGCAGCUAUUGGCCAUGGCGGAUGAUGAGCGAAGGAGACUAGCUAGAAAAAUCCCUACAUAUGACGUGCCCGACCUGCAAGAACUCACGCUUACUGCUUUGAGACAAUUGACCAAAGGGAGGGACACAAUGCCUGAUAUGGAAACAUGGGAGGGUAACUUGAUCCUGCGCACGGCCUCUCUUUUCGUCUCAUGGGUAAAUUGCGUCCAUUAUCUGGAGAAAGGUUUGCCAAAGAAGGAUGUUAAGAGAGCAAGGGCCAGGAUCACGGAAUUUCCCGAGUUUUACAAGGAGCUUUGCGCCCGCUUAGAUGCGAUACGUACCUGGGAGCGGAACCAACCGGGCGAGUCGCAAGAAUCGCAGUCAGCACUUGACGAUACCCCUCACAAAAAGCGAAAGAGGGAGGUGAAAGAGAGUCAAACCGCCAAAAUGAACCAGCAAAGCGCCCAGCUUCGGGUUGCUGUCCAGGCAAAGCUGCGACAGAGGCUCGAGCGGAAUCUGGAGAGUAUGGGGGUCAGCAAUACUGACGCCACUCGCCAGGCCGUCAGCUUUGGGAACCCUGUCAUCUACUUGGAUUCUCAUAUCGGCCAACGGGUCAAGCCUCAUCAGCUGAAUGGCGUUCAAUUCAUGUGGCGAGAGUUAAUAGAGGACGAGACGCAUCAAGGUUGCUUACUCGCUCACACGAUGGGCUUGGGCAAGACGAUGCAAGUCAUUUCCCUCCUAGUAACGAUUGCAAACGCUGCUGCCUCGAAGGAUCCUGCGAUAAGGCAAAAGGUCCCUAAGGAUCUCCUUCGGUCCCAGACCCUAAUCCUCUGUCCAUCGUCACUGAUCGAGAAUUGGUAUGAGGAAUUUCUCAUGUGGACUCCCAUAGACUCGGCGGUCGGCCCAGUGAAUAAGGUGACAAGCUCUGCCUCGCACCCGGAAAGAAUGGACACAAUUGCUCGCUGGAACGAGGAAGGCGGGGUGCUUCUCGUCAGCUAUGACAUGUUUCGGUCAUGGGUUUUCAAUAAAGAAACAACCAAACGACCCAAGCCUCUGUCGGAUGAGGAACAUGAAAACAUCAAGAAAUGGCUCCUAGAAGGGGCUAGGAUCAUCGUCGCGGACGAAGCCCACAAGAUGAAGAACCCUACAUCCGCAAUCACCGCUGCAGCCAUGCAGUUUCGUUCCCAAAGCCGCAUUGCAUUGACUGGUUCUCCCCUGGCAAAUAACCUUGUCGAUUACUUCACCAUGGUCAACUGGAUUGCGAAGGGAUACCUGGGAGAGUUUACGGAAUUCAAGGCCAACUUCUUAGAACCUAUCGAGGAAGGGCUGUAUAUGGAUAGCACAUACACCGAGCGGCGGAGGUCACUCGUGAAGCUUCAGGUUCUCAACACCAUCCUCGACCCCAAGAUCAACCGCGCAGAUAUCUCCGUCCUUGCCGGCAGCUUGCCUCCCAAAGUUGAAUUUGUCAUCACUGUUCCAUUGACUGACGUGCAGAAGGCGGCAUACAAUCUAUACGUGGAAUCGGUUCUACAUGGAAAGAGUGAUGUCAGCAGGGUUCAGCUAAUGUCAUGGCUCGCCAUUUUGGGACUUUGCUGCAAUCACCCAGCUUGCUUCAGGGAUAAGCUGCUCGGUAGAGCCAAUGAUGCACAGAAGCUGGACAAGAUGGCCGAGGGAGUCGAACCAGGGCCUGGCGAUGAGCCUAUCACACAAUUAGGCCUAGAUGUCGACAAUCUAGUGCCUGAACAAGAGCGACUUUUCUCCGCUGUCCCUGACAUGAACGCACCAGUGUUGUCUUGUCGAGCACAGAUCUUGAAUAGGAUUGUCGCCGAGUCUGUCCGGGCUGGGGACAAAGUACUGGUAUUCUCCCAUAGUAUACCUACGCUCAACUACGUCGAACAUCUCCUCAAAAAGUCUGGGUGGAAAUACUGCCGUUUAGAUGGACAGACACCAAUCGCCAGCCGACAAGCUGUCACCAAGCAGUUCAACCAGGGGUCUGCAGAGAAUGUAUAUCUAAUCUCGACCCGAGCCGGAGGUCUUGGUCUGAACAUCUUUGGAGCCAACCGUGUCAUCCUUUUCGAUUUCUCAUUCAGUCCUGUAUGGGAAGAGCAGGCCGUCGGGCGUGCAUACCGCUUAGGCCAAAAGAAACCCGUCUUUGUCUACCGGUUCAUUGCAGGUGGCACCUUUGAAGAAAACAUGUACAACAAGACUGUCUUCAAGACCCAGCUUGCUUUCCGCGUAGUCGACAAGAAAAAUCCAGUACGCUCAGCGGCAAAGUCCCUUGGGGACUAUUUGUUCACUGCAAAGGAAGUGAAACAGCAAGACGUCACGGAGUUCCUUGGAAAGGACCCAGAGGUUCUGGACAAGAUCAUCCGGAGUGACGUAGACGCCAGCAACAGGCUGAUUCGAAAGAUCACCCUCACCGAAACUUUCCAGAAGGAUGAGAACGACAAAUUGACCGAGGAGGAGAGAAAUGCGGCCCAGCAGCAACUCAGUGAUGAACGGCUCAAACGUACCGAUCCAGUAGCCUAUCAGAGAAUGAUCAUCGAAAGGCAAAGGGCACUGUUGGUACAGAGCUCCAUGAACCAACCAGCAGGCCUUUACUCGGCGCCGUCGUCUUCACAGUAUCAUGCACUGCCUCCGCGCCCCCAGCUUUCACAGCCUCCCCAGACCCCAGCUCCCCAGCCAACUAUCCCAGCUAGCGCACACAAUGUUGGCCCUCCUGCUUUGGCCCCCGACACGAGCGUCAUGCAAUCAACACCAGCAGCUACUGUGCAGCCACCCUUAACAAUCCCGGGACUCGGACUGCUUCCGAACACUCACCCUCAUUCUCAAAGUGAGCCUGUGACCCCCAUUAACAACGUCAACUUCCGUUCAACCCCGGACCACACCUCCACUGAAGCUCCGGCACCUUCUGCACCUGCACAAAACAACAACAACAACCCCACCACCCCAGAACAGCCAGAAUCCGGCGCCACAAGGGGUCACUCCGAGCCGCCACAAUCCUCCGAGGAUAGUAACAAAAGUACUAGUUGCAGGCCCCAGUGAGGAGAACCACCUCAUCAAAUGCAUCCAGAGAGAAUAUUUGUCCUACCACCAUCACCAUCUUCAUCAUUCCUCCUCUUCCGCUUAAUAUCCUAAACAGAAUCAUACGAAUGUAUCUGCACAUGUUACUCUAUCCACACCCGUGCUAAAUAUCUGCAUCCCAAGGCCAACCGUGGAGGUUUUCUUAAUCUUUCUUUCUCUGCUGUAUUCCUAAUAUCACUUUGCAUUACCCUACUUGUUUCACUUGUUUCUCGUCCCUCUUGCCCGGGUCAUGAAUAAAUUGAACCACUGCAUCAAUGUGGAGCGUCACUUAGCGAACUGGACAGCUAUCUUCUCUUUGUUCACCCCUCAGUACUUAUGGAAUGGGGUAUGACGAAUGACUCAAAUGCAUUAAUGUAAUGAUGAAAACCACGAAUAAAACUUG